CGCCUCCCCCAGCCACGUCGCGAAUCACUCGCCAUUUUCCCCCGCAUCGCAGCGACCUACAGCGACUCAAUUCCUCUAUUUUUUGCCUUCCCAAAACUAAAAACCCCCAUUUCCUAUUAGAGGAGAUAUUACAUACCUGAAGGGAUUGUCUGAGUUCGUCUUAUUUUUGCUGCAGCUCCCCGCAACAUGAAUAUUUUCAGGCUAACCGGCGAUCUCUCCCACUUAGCAGCCAUCAUCAUCCUGCUGCUAAAAAUAUGGAAAACCAGGUCGUGUGCGGGAAUUUCUGGAAAGAGUCAGGUCUUAUUUGCUUUGGUCUUCACAACUCGCUACUUGGACUUGCUCACAUCCUUCAUCUCCCUCUACAACACAACCAUGAAGGUGGUCUACAUUGGAUGCGCAUAUGCCACCGUGUACCUGAUCUACAUGAAGUUCAAAGCAACUUAUGAUGGAAACCACGACACAUUCCGGGUGGAGUUUCUCGUCGUUCCUGUGGGCGGCCUUGCUUUUCUGGUUAACCACGACUUCUCUCCCUUGGAGAUCCUGUGGACUUUCUCCAUUUACUUGGAGUCUGUGGCCAUCCUGCCACAGCUCUUCAUGAUCAGCAAGACGGGCGAGGCUGAGACCAUCACCACACACUACCUGUUCUUCUUGGGCCUGUACAGAGCACUCUACCUGAUCAACUGGAUAUGGAGGUUCUACUUUGAGGGAUUCUUCGACAUGAUUGCCAUUGUUGCAGGGGUGGUGCAGACCAUCCUUUACUGCGACUUCUUCUACUUGUAUGUAACAAAAGUUCUCAAAGGAAAGAAACUGAGUCUGCCUGCUUAAGUGCCAAAGAGAAGCGUAUUGGCAGAAGAAGGGGACUGGCCGGGAGGAGGAGACGCUUUGGACACCUGUGAUAUCUCCAUCACUCCCUUCCAGUAAGGUGGCUGAGACAGACAGCAAGUAAAAGCAGAUCCAGCAUCAGAACAACUGUAGAAGCUGGUCCAUGCUUGGUGGAUAUCUGUUUGACGCAUCUUGCAUUACAUUUUUUUUUUAUUACUUUGUAUAAAGAAAGAAGAAAUAAACAUGGAAAAUGUUUUCUACAUAUUAAAAACACUUUGCUGCAGAUUAGACAUUUUAGUGUAUUUCUGGUUAAAUGUAAAAUUGCAUUUCAUUUAGCCCUGUAUAAUUUCCAAACAGUUGUGGUGGUAUUGACUUCUUACAAUGGCCCAUUGCUUUUCUGUACAUUGUUUUGGGAGGGUGAUUCUACACCCUCCAAACUUUGAUGCGAACAAAAUCAACAUUGUUUUUCUAGUUUUAGCAGUAUCCAUUGCUGUGUAAAAGGUAAUUUUUUACACGCCAUCUUUCUAAAUUACUCAAAGAAGCCUGUUAGAAUAAUACCAAUAAUAAAAUGCAAUCACCUUUGAUUAUGGCUUAUUUCUGGGUCUUUUUGUGUUGCGUUGUUGAAUCGGUUAUUAAGGACAUGAAAUGCAACAUCAAAAUAUUGGCAGAUUUGACAGUGAUUUGUCAAAUGUUACAUUUGGCUUUGUCUAGACCUCCGAUUCCUUUAGUUGUAUUUUGUUAUUUGCCAGAGAAACCAUUUUACUGUUUGGAACAAUUAGAUAUUGCUGGGAUGUGCUGAGGUAUUUAUUUUGAUCGUACUGAUUUCCACUCAACAGAUUCAAUAGAGUUGUCCGACUGUUGUAUAUAAUUGUAAUGUUCAGCAAGCACUCUUACCUUACUCUUACAGAAUCGACUUGUUUAGGCCUACUUUUCCUCUACGGGGUUUCAUGUAAUGCCAAUUAUAACCAUCUUUUUAAUUUCAUAAAAAAAUGUGCAACAUGUUGCCAUUGCCACCACAAAUAAAGACAUUUUUAAAUGGUGAAA